AUGGAGAUGUUCACAAAGAAGGCUGUAUUCCCCGGAGAAGGUGGCGAACUCAGUCAGAUGGAAAAGCUCUACAACGCUCUGGGUACCCCUACUAAAACCGAGUGGCCAGACCUCGUAGAGAUGCCCUGGUUCCAUCUGAUGCGACCCAAAGAACGCAAGAAGCGUGUGUUCGAGGACCAAUACCGUGAUGUCCUCUCAGCCGGUGCAAUGGAUAUGAUCUCCUCGAUCUUCCGCUAUGACCCCGCACAACGACCAAGUGCUGAGGAUGUUCUCAAACACCCCUAUUUCACAUCGGAAGAACCAGCCCCCCAACCGCCGAUUGAAUUGGAGCACGUUGAGGGCGACUGGCACGAGUUUGAAUCCAAGGCCCUCCGCAAAGAAGCUCGGCGCGUGGAAUAUCAAAAUCAAAAGGAUCGCGACAAGCGCAAGGCUGAAGGUUCAGUGCCGAGCAGUGAUCGGGAGUCGAAGCGGACGAAACAAGAAUCUAGUAAACAGACCGCACAUGGAUGA